AUGUCUAACUACUAUAAGCAAAUAAAUGAAAUAGAGCUUACUUUAGCAUUAAAUAAUAAAACCUUAUAUUUUUUAGACUAUUGAGAUUUAUAUUUAUUUAUGUAAACAGCUUUAUUUAAAAACACAAAGAAAUUUAUUUAUAAUGGAGAAUUAGAGAUUUCAUCAAUGAUAAAGGUGGAAACAAUAUUGCAGCAAAGCCACUACUAAGCAAAGAAACUAAAAGAUAUGAAUCCUUGAAUUCCCUGACCUAUUUUUCUAUGAUAGUAUUCUCUAUCGGAAUCAAAUGCUGGCAACCUUUAGCAAUUACAGCUUCUCAACAGCCUGACGGAACUUAUGCUUACAAUAAAACGAUGAUGGUGCUGUUAGGAGAAAUUUUCAAAUUCACCAUAAACACCUUUGUCUUCCUCUUAAUUUUUUCCACAGCUGAUUUAUCCAAAAGAGCAUCGCUUACGAAUAUUAGCCUGAAGCAAAGUGUCCACUUAUUAAUCCCAGCAAUUUUUUAUGCAGCAUCAAAUACCCUUGUAUAUUAUGGAUUAAGCUACAUCAAUCCUGGUGUUUUCCAUGUUCUGGGGAACGUAAGGAUAAUAAUUGCAGGAAUUUUGUAUCGGGUUAUUAUGAAAGUAAAACUGGCUGAUAUUCAAUGGCUUUCUUUAUGUUUACUAACUAGUGGAGCAGUCCUUUCGACUCCUCCUUCUAAUGGUGAAAACGACAGCUCUAAGUGAAGUGACUCUUUAUUAGGCUCAGUCUUUAUAACACUUAUGGUUUCAAUGAGCACAUUUGCAAGCGUUUAUACUGAAAUGUAUUAUAAGAGAACGAAAGAUGUCAGUAUAUGAUACCAAAAUGUUAUUUUAUCCAUUUAUGGGAUUAUAGUUAAUGCUAUUUAUUUGGGAUUCACAGAGCUGAUUGGCAGUGGAGAGCCAGGAAUUUUUGAAGGGUGAGAUUUUUAUGCGUUUCAAGCAGUCUUUGUGCAAGCAAUAAUGGGGAUGAGCCUUUCAUUUUUGUUCAAAUAUUUAGAUAACAUCGUUUAUGUGAUUUCUUUGACAGUUUCGAUGCUUCUGACUGCAUUUAUUAGUAUGUUUUAUUUUGAGUUUAAAAUCACUCCACCGUUUGUAUGCGCAUUAGUUGUGAUUAUUGCCUCUAUUUACCUUUAUAAUCGACCAAAAAUUAUCCAAAACUACCAGAUCGAUGAGAAAGCAUUUAACUUUUAG